UUACAAUAUACCAAUUCGCACGUGACGCUUUCCUAAAUAGUCGCAUUUUUUUAAAAAAUACCUGGAUUUCGUUGCCAUACGUUGUUCCCCGUGUCCUGGUACCUGGCUACCUUUUGGGGUGGGGGAUUAAAGUCCUGCCACGUGGUUCACGACUUUAGAGUACUUUGGAUUCGUCUUCCACUGCGCUGCUCAACCCUUGGGCGGCCAACGUAAGACGUAAGACAAAUGGCUUCAGGUCUCGAUGACUCUGAGGCGCCUGGCUGUGCUUGGCCGGUGCGCCAAUCUUCUACCAACCAUGAUCCCAUGGUGGACGUAAUCGAAUCGGAAGACGAAUUAAUUAUUUUUCACGAGGAAGAGGAUGACGUUGAACCAUUAGCAGCCGGCGACAAAUCAACGAGUAAUGCUGGUGCCGCCGCCGCUGACCGAUCAACGCCUUAUAAAAUCUGUUUUGAAUUUUUGAGUCGAGGUUUUUGCAGCCGUACGACCUGCUCGUCGAAUCACAUUUGCGAGGAUGUUGUUCCCUACUUGCAGGCUAUGGAAUUGAUGGCGUCGAAAUCGCCCGAUAACCAUUACAAGAUAGUCUCUGUGCUUGAUGAUAUGCUGACAGUGGCGUCACCGCUACAUAAGCAAUUUGCGACGCACACUGACACUGACGUCAAUGACUUCACCUCCAAAUUGUUGAAGACAAUUGUACAGAAAAACCGUGAAAGGAAACAUUUGAGAAUUUCCAGGAAUGCUGCCAAUCUUGGUUUGAGAGCGAAUCAUCGCACGAGUCAUUACCUGGACGAGGUGGUGUACGACGUUUUGUGUUUCCUUGCUGAUGAAAGAAGUCCGUUUGUACCCGAUUGCAUAACGGGAUGCGUAGAGAUGAUUAUGCCCACCAUUCCAACGGGAGCUCAAUCGUGGUUAAGCUCCAAUCUGUUGAAAAAGAUUUGCAGCCACACGGGAGAGAAGAUAGAUAUCAGGUUGUCGCACGGAUGUUUCAAAACGCUGGUACAGCUCUGCCUCACCACUUUGGACUGGCCGACCUUGGAAAAAAUUUCCAGCAUUGUGCGCCAUUUGCGGGCCAACGGCGGGAAUUCAUCUUGGUUUCGUGAGGUAUCUGACUAUGUGUGCGCGUUUGCCAAACGGGCAGAGCCGAAGGUGUGGCUUCGGAGGAAACGCGUGGCUGAGGUUUUUCUCGAGAGCAUGGAAUGUGGCACUGCAGCGAAGCAUCCUAAAGGCGCCAUGACAAAGCUGGACCACGAAAGUAGGGGCAAAUGAAAUGUAUAACCUUCGAGGAUGGUCUAUGAGUUCCAAUACAAAUCAAAAAGUUCAGCAACAAAUACGGAAUGCAUAAUCAACAUCAUUUUGCCUCUUGGGCUUUUAUUUUCCUGCUGUUCUUUUCUUUAUUGAGCUCUGUAAUCUUCAUUUGCCUUGUGAUUGUUUCAGGUUCGGUUAGCAAUCAGUGGUGGAAAAGUUGUUUGGGAAAAAUUCCAAUUUCUGUAAUGAUGCUGUUUGUGUUGUUGUCUAGUGUGUGGGUAACAAAAGGAUAAAGUU